AUGGCCUCGCUGGACCUGCCCUACCGCUGCCCGCGCUGCGGGGAGCACAAGCGCUUCCGGAGCCUGUCGUCGCUGCGCGCGCACCUGGAGUACAGCCACACGUACGAGACGCUCUACAUUCUCUCCAAGACCAACAGCAUCUGCGACGGCGCCGCGGCGGCCUUCCCGCUGGCGCCCGAGCCCGCCGCCCUGCUGGCCGUGCCGGGCGCCCGGCGCGAGGUCUUCGAGAGCACGUCCUUUCAGGGCAAGGAGCAGGCAGUCGGGCAGUCGUCCGCCGCGCCACACCUGCUGCACCACCACCACCACCACGCGCCCCUCGCCCACUUUCCCGGCGACCUGGUGCCGGCCGGCCUGCCUUGCGAGGAGCUGGCGGAGCCGGGCCUCGUGCCCGCCGCGCGCUACGCGCUCCGCGAGAUCGAGAUCCCGCUGGGGGAGCUGUUCGCCCGCAAGUCCGUGGCCUCCUCGGCGUGCUCGACGCCGCCGCCCGGGCCCGGCCCCGGGCCCGCGUCCGCCUCGCCCGCGUCUCCCUCGCCCGCCGACGUGGCUUACGAAGAGGGCCUGGCCCGCCUCAAGAUCCGGGCGCUGGAGAAGCUGGAGGUGGACCGACGGCUGGAGCGGCUGAGCGAGGAGGUGGAGCAGAAGAUCGCAGGCCAGGUGGGCCGGCUGCAGGCCGAGCUGGAGCGAAAGGCGGCGGAGCUGGAGACUGCGCGGCAGGAGAGCGCGCGGCUGGGCCGUGAGAAGGAGGAGCUGGAGGAGCGCGCCUCCGAGCUCUCGCGCCAGGUGGACGUGAGUGUGGAGCUGCUGGCCUCGCUCAAGCAGGACCUGGUGCACAAAGAACAGGAGCUGAGCCGCAAGCAGCAGGAGGUGGUGCAGAUCGACCAGUUCCUGAAGGAGACGGCGGCGCGGGAGGCCAGCGCCAAGCUGAGGCUGCAGCAGUUCAUCGAGGAGCUCCUCGAGCGGGCCGACCGGGCCGAGCGGCAGCUGCAGGUCAUCAGCAGCAGCUGUGGCAGCACGCCCAGUGCCAGCCUGGGCCGCGGAGGUGGGGGAGCUGGUGCUGGGCCCAGUACCCGGGCCCCAGGCAGGACGCGAGAACACCACGCGGGCCCAGCCAUGCCUAGCACGUAUGCAGUGUCCCGGCAUGGCUCCUCUCCCAGCACAGGGGCCUCCAGUCGCAUCCCAGCUGCAUCUCAGAGCUCAGGUUGUUAUGACAGUGACAGUCUGGAGCUGCCCCGGCCAGAAGAGGGGGCCCCCGAGGACAGCGGCCCCGGGGGCUUAGGCACGCGGGUCCAGGCUGCCAACGGCGGCUCGGAGCGGGGCCAGCCCCCUCGCAGCUCUGGACUGCGGCGCCAGGCCAUCCAGAACUGGCAGCGCAGACCCCGUCGACACAGCACGGAAGGGGAGGAAGGUGACGUCUCCGACGUGGGCUCCAGAACCACCGAGUCAGAGGCUGAGGGCCCCUUGGAUGUCCCCCGCCCUGGGCCUGCUAUGGCUGGGCCGGUGAGCAGCUGCCGGCUCUCUGCCCGCCCGGAGGGAGGCAGUGGGCGGGGUCGGCGAGCUGAGAGGGGAAGCCCCUCCCGCUCAAAUGAGGUCAUCAGCCCAGAGAUCCUCAAGAUGCGAGCUGCCCUGUUCUGCAUCUUCACCUACCUGGACACGCGCACUCUGCUACAUGCCGCCGAGGUCUGCCGGGACUGGCGCUUCGUGGCCCGCCACCCUGCCGUCUGGACCCGGGUGCUGCUUGAGAACGCCCGCGUCUGUUCCAAGUUCCUGGCAAUGCUGGCUCAGUGGUGCACCCAGGCCCAUUCGCUGACACUGCAGAACCUGAAGCCUCGGCAGCGGGGCAAGAAGGAGAGCAAAGAGGAGUAUGCCCGGAGUACCCGGGGCUGCUUGGAGGCAGGCCUGGAGUCUCUGCUGAAGGCAGCGGGGGGAAACCUGUUGAUCCUGCGCAUCUCCCACUGCCCCAACAUCCUCACUGACCGUUCGCUGUGGCUGGCUAGCUGCUACUGCCGCGCCCUGCAGGCCGUCACCUACAGAAGCGCCACAGACCCAGUGGGCCAUGAGGUCAUCUGGGCCCUGGGCGCAGGCUGCAGAGAGAUCGUCUCCCUCCAGGUGGCGCCACUUCACCCCUGCCAGCAGCCCAUGCGUUUCAGUAACCGCUGCCUACAGAUGAUCGGUCGCUGUUGGCCCCACCUCCGGGCUCUGGGGGUCGGGGGUGCCGGCUGUGGGGUGCAGGGCCUGGCAUCACUCGCGAGAAACUGCAUGCGGCUGCAGGUGCUGGAGUUGGACCAUGUGUCGGAGAUCACCCAGGAGGUGGCGGCUGAGGUCUGCCGGGAAGGCCUGAAGGGCCUGGAGAUGCUGGUGCUCACAGCCACCCCCGUAACCCCCAAGGCCCUGCUGCAUUUCAAUAGCAUCUGCCGGAACCUCAAGUCCAUUGUGGUUCAGAUUGGGAUUGCCGAUUAUUUCAAAGAGCCUAGCAGUCCUGAGGCCCAGAAGCUGUUUGAGGACAUGAUAACAAAGCUCCAGGCCCUACGGCGGAGGCCCGGCUUCUCUAAGAUCCUGCACAUUAAGGUGGAAGGCUGCUAA